CCGUUUUUCAAGAUUUGAUAUCUCAACCAAAUUCCAUGUCUCUCUGCGUGGAGACGCCCAGCGGGCAGGAAGUUUUCGCUUUGAAAGAGAUAGGCGUGAAGAACUCGAUCGGGAUUUUCAAAAAAGCGUCGAAGCCCCUGGUGAUUUCGGGGGAGGGGCAUCGAAUACCAUUCGCUAACAAUACCUUUGACUUCAUAUUCUCCGGCGGUGCUCGCCUUGACAAAUCGGCUUGGCCGUCGGAGUUUGCUUUCGAAAUCACAAGGACGCUGAAGCCCGAAGGGUUUCUGGUGGCCCAUGUCAAAGCCAAAGAUAAGUAUAGCUUCAAUUCUUUCCUUGAUUUCUUUGAUUCUUGCGAGUUAGUGAAAAUGCGCCAUAUAGAUGGAAGUGCAAAUGGAGUUUUGGUUUUCAAUGCCGGGGACAACUCGGCGGGUCGAAUCAGGCAAGCAGCAGCGGCAGCACUGGUGGCAACGCAGGCAGCACCAGUGGCAAUGCAGCACCGACGGCAAGGUAAAAUCAGUGCAACGAUGAAGUUCUAGAGAUGGAGAUUCUGCCGUCGCCGGAGAAGAUGAACAACUAAUUUUAAAAUUCUUAAUUAUCAUCCAUAAUCUCAAAAGAAUUUAGUUUCUAAAAUCGUUCAAGAUCGCACAAUCUCACGAUCUCAUGGUUUUGUGCGC